AGACAAGAAAUGGAGAGACAAGAGAGAAUAAGACAAGAAAUGGAGAGACAAGAGAGAAUAAGGCGAGAGAGAGAGAGGCGAGCUGAGGAGGAGAGGAGGCGUCUCGCCGAGCUGGAGAGAGAGAGGAGGAUCCAGGAAGAGAUGAAGAGGAACGAAGCUUUGAGGAGGAAACUCCAAACUGCUCAGAGCAGGUUUGAAGAAAAUCUGAACCUCCGACGAAGAGACUUCAACCAGCAGAGAACCCAGGUUCUCCACCAGGUCCUGGAUGAUCCAUCAGCUGUAAUAGAGAGAGACGAGCUCGGUGCUGUUAAUGAGGAGUUUGAAAAACUUUUGAGGACGUACCAGAUCAAGGAGAGUGAAGACCUGGAGGGCAGCCUGGAGGACAGGAUGAAGACUCUCCAAAAUGAGCUGACCUUAAUACAUUUAGAAGCAAACAACAUCCCACUGUUGUCCCAGUUAGCUCUGGACCAGGCCACAGGAUACGUGGACCUGUCUCUGACGGAGAAGCUUCACGUCCUGGAGGCGGUGGUGAAGGUCACUCUGGAGGCUGACCCUGAGUUUGACCAGGUCUUCACAACUGGACAAGACAAGAAGGUUCAAUUUCUCUUCAGUUUACAAGAACAGCUACAUGUCUCCAACCCAACGUUGGCCCGACAGGUUCUAGUAAAUGUUCUGAAAAUGACAUCACAGCUGUCCCCAGUAAGCAAAGACAUCCUCAGUCAAAUACUGUUCAACAACAUCUGGACCCCAAAGGAAAUCAAACUUUUUGUUGGACAGGUCUUAAGUGUGGACCAGGGAGUGGUUUCACAGAUCCUCCACAAGGUGUGCACCUACAGGCUGAGCUGCAUCGAUGCUCUGUCUGCGCUGAAGGACAAACAUCCUGUCAAGUUCAUACAAGGCUGUGCUUCAUACGAGAUGGACAAAGAUGUAGACACUAUUCUGAGUGAGAUGCAGGACACAAAAUGUCCUGGACAUCUCCUGUUGAUGCUUGAAGACACACUAAAACACAUGGAGGCAGAGCUGCCCAGAAAGACACAUGUGGUCUUGAAUGCAUCAAUGAUCCGACAAGUUAAAAGAUUGACAACUUCCUUAGAUUUUUCCAGACCUAACUCUGAUGAUCUCAAGGAAGUCCUGGUUGGACUGUCUAUAGCUGUGAAGACAUGCACCACGUUCACGUCUCAGAGUGGUGAAGAAGUCAAAGGAUACUUCCCAAGGCCCACUCAGCUUGCUUCUUUACUUCUACUGCUUCUGGCACAAUCCAAGGACCAAAGAGGUUGUCUCUUGGAAAUCGGCACUGGAGAAGGCAAGACUUGUGUUUUAGCCAUGUUUGCUACGAUCCAGGCCAUCAGAGGGACGAAGGUCGACAUCGUCACCAGCUCCCCUUUACUCGCAAUCCGUGACCAAGAACAGUGGGGACAAUUAUACUCCAUGUUUCGUGUGACAUCGUCCAUUGUGCCUCCACCAAACAUAAAUACAUGUGGUCCUGACACUCACGACAAACUGAUCCAGGAGGCAUAUAGCAAGCAGAUAGUUUAUGGCACAGUCAGUACCUUCGCAGCAGAUUCACUCCGGGAACAGUUUGAGAGGAAAACCACUCGAGGGCCAAGGGCGUUUGAGUGUGUAGUCGUGGAUGAAGUGGACUACAUGACGCUGGACAGUGGAGUUCAGGUGACUUUUCUUUCACACCAGGCCAGUGGAAUGAGGCACGUGGAGCAAGUCCUGGCUGCCACAUGGGCCGUGAUGUCUGCCUGUCGGCCAAUAGAAGUGUUUGAGACGGGGGAGAUCCAGUGGGGAACCAGGAUCCAGCAGUUUCACAAGGCUACAGUCCAGGUUGUGAUGGGCUCAGAAUCAAAAGACUUCUCAGCAAAUGACGUACUGCAGCUCGGAGUUGAGCUGGGGUUUUACUUACAGCAGGACAUGAAAGAAAUAAAUGAAGCCGAGCGUCAGGCACAAACAAACGAUGACAGCCCUGAGGCUGGAACGUGGAAAGCCACAGAGAAAGUCAUGGCCAAAACUGGACCUGAAGUACAGUAUAACAUCCUGAAUAAUCUGGAGAGGGUGACGGGUCACAGUGUGGCUGUAGACUGCUACUCACUGGAGGACAACAAAGCCAAACUGUACGGGAAAGAAAGCUCUCAUGGAGAUCCUGAUGUCAGCAUGCUUCUACUGGAGAAUGGUGGAUCCUGUCAACUCAUGUCUGAGAAAUCACUCAUUGAAGGAACUGUUAACAAACUCAAAACUAAAAUUAAAUAUUCUGCAGAAUGUUCCCUGGAUUCUCUGGAGGAUUCUAAAGGAUUUAUUGUGGUUCCAUCGUUCUUGAAAACAUACGUUGAGAAUCAGUUACCAGUGUUUGCUGAGAACGCUUUAAGAGCCAUCCGAAUGACACAAGGACGAGAGUACAUGAUCGAUAAAGCACCUGAAGCCGACAGAGGAGGUUUCAGUGACACUGAAAGUCAUCAGUAUGACGCCAUUAUUCCCGUGGACUUCCAGGCCAGUGGAGUGUUGGAGAAAAACAAGCGAUGGGGGGAUGGACUGCAACAAUUUCUGGAGAUGAAGCACCAGCUGGCGAUUUCACAAUUAUCUAUUGUAACAAACUACAUGUCAAACGUCCACUUCUUUAAAAACUACCUCCGUGGAAAAGGCAUUUACGGAGUCUCUGGGACAUUAGGUGGUGCAGCUGAGAAGACAUUCCUAAAACGACAUUACAAAACAGAAAGUUACGUCAUUCCUUGUCACCGCCAUAAAAAAGUGGUUGAGAUGCCGGCGGUCCAGGUGAGCGGUGGCCCUGAGUGGAUCAAGGUGAUAUGCGAGACUGCAUGGAAAGCAGCAGACCGCGGCCAAGUUGUCUUGAUAAUCUGCGAAGAUGUCAACACUGCAGAUGACUUGAAGACAAAGAUAAACAGCCAGCAAAGACCCACACAGGUCACCAUGUACACAAUCAGUGCAAAGCACAACAUUGAGAAACAGAACUUCAGCAAAGGACACGUCAUCAUCGCCACAAACCUCGGUGGCCGUGGGACUGACAUUCAUGUUUGUCAGGAAGUGAACGACUGCGGCGGCCUCUUUGUGCUUCUCACGUACUUUCCUGGAAGUCACCGUGUGGAGAGACAGGUCUUUGGACGCACCUCCCGCAAAGGAAACCCGGGGAUGGUGCAAAUGAUAAUCAACACAGACCAUCUAGCUCCAGCUUAUCAAGGCCAAUCGGUGGAAACCAUGAGACGCCUUAGAGAGGAGCAUGAGCUCAGCCGUUUAGACAGCAUGGAGAAACAGGAGCUGCUUGAAGUAGAAAUGAAGGAAAAUCUCUUCUCCAAAUUUUGUAAAUUUCUUUGUAACUUUGACAAGAAUUACUCAGAAGAAGAGAAACGUGACAUCACACAAAUGAAGCUGAGGAAUGUUCCUGAGUGUUUUAGGAUCCAUCGCUCAAAGUUUGAUUAUCAGAUUGCACUGAAUUCUCUGAAAGAGUCGUGGGCUCUGUGGCUCAUCCUCCACGAAGAACAUAUCAGCAGGCACGAUGAAAUCAAAACACUGGAAGAGGACCUCAGCAAGCACUUGAAGAACACUGGUGACUGUCUCCUACAGGGGAAAAGCACUAAUUUUUAUGAUUAUAUCAUGCAGGCAAAAAGCAGAACUGACUUGUACUCCGUUGACAAAAAGAAAUGUGACUAUGGAGCAGUUUGUUAUUGGCAGAGUGCUGCAAAGUGUGACCGUUUGUACUGCGCUGUAGCACUCUACAAUCAAGCAUACUUCACCAUCAGCCUGAGAAAGAAAGACUACAUAUCAGAGACAAAGGCAUUUCUGGAGAAAGCCAAGAUCUCAGUGGACGUGUACCUGGCAGAAUCAACAAACACAGUGAUGUUUUCUAACCUUUCUGUCACAAAAGACUUUCCUCCACAUCGCAAAAACAGCAACCUCCAGUACCAAAUGCAAGCCAGGAUGAACAUCUUCAAGUCCUGGAAAGGGUACAUUGAAAGUGCACUGAAUAUUCUUGCACAGCUUGAAAGCAGCAAAAGUGACAGCAUAGUUGAGGAUUCCAGCGUCUACGACCUCUCUAAAGACAAAGACCCGAUAACGACCAACGAGCUGAAGAUGCUCUAUGAGUUUGGACUUGGCGUCGUGUUUGAGGUUAAAAAGAAACCUGAGUUCUGCUACGAUGCCCUGGCAUGUUUUUUGCUUGGCGUCAUUCAGAUAGCAGCAGGUGUUCUGGUCUGUGCCCUGUCAUGUGGCACCGCCAGUCAGUUCGGACUGGGAUUGAUCAGUGAGGGGGUGUCCGACAUGAUUCAGGGGCUUAGAGGCAUGAUUGAAGGUGGCUUUGACUGGGCUCAGUGGGCAAUCGCCAAAGCCAUCAGCAUUGGCGUGUCUCUGGUGUUUGGAGGAUUUGCCAAACUGAAGCAAGCGGCUAGUGCAGUCCGUACUGGUGCUAAAGGUCUGGUCACAGGUGCUAAAUGUACCUCAGCCUUCACAGUGAAGCAGUGUUUUAAACAUGCAACUAAGUAUGCUGUUCAGGAACUAGGGAAACAAGGAUGUGUCGCAGCUCUGGGUUACGUUGCCGACAAGGGACUCAAGGCUCUUUUUCACAACAUUCUGAGGGACUACUUUGAGGAAAAAGUACAUUCACUGAUCAAAGCCAACAAUGACCUGGACAACGCCCUGACAGUUUACAUCUGUUCAGGAUUACCAGACACCGACCUGGAGGACGACUUCAAAAUGAACCGUGCAUGUGAACAACAGAUGCGUCAGUCAGUGGAUGUGAUGACAACACAAGUGAUUCCUGACCUCAUGAUGGAAUGCACCACGGUCACUAAGGUCCUGGAUACCUUGUCUCAGGUCUCUGGUGUUGUAAUGCAACACGUUGAGAGCCAGAAAAACUUCAAUCGAAUGAAGGCGGUGAAGGUGUGUGUGGAAUCAGCUCAAUACAUCACACAAUGUACACAAAUACUGAAAUCAUUUCCUACAGAGACGCUCAUCAAUAAAACCUUUGUGCCUCAGUUCUUGAAAACCAUCAAUGAACUAACAAAAGGAAUGGACGACCUGAAGGAAAGACACAAUUUGUCCGAAGUGAAACGCCUCAAAAAGGAAUUCCUCAGCAUCAUCAAACAAAGCAUUUCUAAUGCACUAAUUGAGGCUUGUUCCAGGCACAUGACCUCCUUCGUGACCAAAGUGUGCAUGACUAAAAUCAACCAAAAAGCUGGUGAUGCUGUCGGUAAUCUACUGGGCCGGACUGACACUCAGAGCUUCUUUAACAACCAGCUGUAUAACAACCAAAUGAAGAAUUGUACCCAACGUCCAUGUGAGCCUCUGUCAGAGGACGAAUGUGAGGUCCUCAAUGGUUACAUUGAUAACAUCUGUGAUGCUGACCACCCAGCGACAGCUUUGGACAUCCUCGUCCUCACCGAGAGUGACCGUCUCCAAGGAAAAGGCAUCAAAGUGGUUAUGGUGGACGAACAUGGGAAGAAGCUGACAGAGGAAUAUUAUCCAGGGAAGAACGCCUCAGCCGGAGACAUCGUACUGCGACUGACGAAGGAGCCGGAAAAUCCCGAACAAGCAGGGGUUUUCUCCUGGUUAUCCAAACGGAUGCGUGGUGAGACAAGCCCACACACUGGACAUUUUGAAAUCCAGAAACCAGAUGGCACCGUUGUCAAAGUAGAUUCAGAAAGGAAAAACUGCCUUUAUCACGCUGUUGCUCAGGCAAUGAACGGAAACACAGGCAAUGUGACGGGUGAGGCAACAAGUCUUCGCAAUGAAGUCAAAAACUCACUUCAACAAAACCUCCACAGAUACGCUCCUGUUCUGAAGUUGCAGAAAGGAUAUGAAAAUACCUCUAAAACCCCUGGAAAAUAUAUGUUGUGUGGAGGAAGCAAGAAGACACAACACCAGACCAGAGAACUGUAUAAGGACUACUUGAACAAGAUGAGCACAGGUGGUCUGACUGAGGACGACAUCAAUAUCAUUAAAACCUACAAGCUUGGUCUGGUUGGAAAUAUGCCCGAUGUGAAAGGAGUCCGGAACAAAGAUAAGCCCAACAACAACAACAACAACAAUGUGAAGAAGAACAACUCCCCCGUGAACGCCGACCACAUCCCGCCCAUAAAGUCCUUCAAGAUGGCUAACGCGAUGCUGCAGAAAGAGGAGAACAGACACCUGAAACAGAGUCUGUCUGAGGAGCGUCCAGAACUUCUGAAGCUGAUGAAUGAAAAAGGAAACCGAGGGCUCACCAGAGAGGUCCUCACAGAUCACCACAGACUGGCUCUGACCACCGGUCACACCAUAGAGGGCGACAGAAUCAGUGUAAUGCUGGCUAAGGCUGCUGUUAGCGGAGAUGUGGAGAAACUGACCAAGUGGUCGCUGAUCGUGGCCAAUCCAGAGAUGUCAGAGAGGCUUAGGCAGGAUGCAGGAAUACCUCAACGCAGGACGAAACCUGACAUUAUGUCCAAAGAAGGAGUCCGGGGAUACCACAGCAUCGGAGACAGACUGAUGGUGGAUCGUUACCAAGAGCUUGGCAUCCUGAGGCCAGAGGAGCAUCACGGUGUUAAGGAGUGGCUGAACGACGGGAUGCUGUACUCCAGAAACACCCCGGAGUAUAAAGAAAUCCUCGGUGUCCUGAGAAACGACAACAAUAGGAAAAAAUCAUCUUAUUAUUAGUGCACUUAAAGAAAUAACCUGAUGACCUCCACUAGUUCUGUUAUUAUCACUAAUUAAAGAACAAGCAAAUGCUUUUUAAUGAAUCGCUUAAUUAGUCAAAACAAAAUAACAUUAACUGCUUAAUUAGCUUAAACAAACUAAUGCUAACAUUUAAUUUGCCAAAACAAGCUAAUAAGGUAGGUAGAUAAGAAUAUGAAGCAACUCCACAGUGAAUGACUUACUCCCUUAUAUCUUAGCUGGAGCAGAAUCAGUUCUCAGACGUCCCCCAUGAUCCAAACACGCCUCAACACAAAAGCCAAUCAGAUCAAUCGAUGCUUCGGCUCCUGUCCCGGCUCGUUGUAAAGAACACUUUCAGCUUCGGUCCAAACUUGACUAACUAUCAUCCACUGAAACACAUAAGCAGUUAUUUGUUGCUAAACAACAUUUCUUUGAGCCUGGGGUUAGAGCCACACCAUCCAGAUCAAAUCCACAUCCCUGUUGAGAUUAAUUACAUAUUUAGAUCGUUCUACUCUUCACACUGUCCUUCAGAAGAUUGGGGUGGAGAUAGCCCUCCAGAUGGGAUAGUUUUCUCUAAAAUAAGAUGGGUCCGCCAGCCCUCCAGAGAAGUCUGUCAGACGCCUCCCUUUCUCUUCUGCUUAGGUAGUUAAAGGCCCAUUUCCCUCAUAAAUGUUAACCUUAAGAUCCUAUCAGAGUCUCGUCCAACGCCUACAACGCAUAACAUCAACAGGUUUCAAGCUCUUCAGUAUCAUUAGCUCUCUUGAUUGGACGUGACUGGACGUGACGAAGGCCUUCGACAGGUCGGAGUGGAGCUUCCCUUGUUUUGUUCUACAGAAAUUAGAUUUUAAUCCAGAAUUUAUAUCUUGGAUAAAACUGCUUUACACCAGCAAGUCACCUCAGUCCACACAAAUGGACUCCACUAGCACCCCGGGCUGGGUCCAGUCUGUUUUUAUUUGAUUUGAUUUGAUCAUGUUUUAUCUUCUCGUGCUAUAACUUCUUUACAGCUUCGUUUGUUGAUUAGAAACAUUGAUACAGAAAUAAAAGCAGAGAUGUCGACGUUCUGAACAAAUAAAAAAUAAAGAAUG